AUGGAAAAGUACGAAAGCUGGACACGCGAGCAAUUGCUGGAACGCAUUGCAACCCUCGAAUCAUCAACGGCAACAGCUAUUGCGAAUAAUACAACAAAAGAAGAUGCAAAGCUGGACAACAAAAGCAGUAAACGUAAAGAACGACCGUUCGAUAUGUCCAAAUACAACCAACGACACAUUGCUCUCAAAGUCGCCUAUCUUGGCUGGAAUUAUAUGGGCUUUGCAGCACAGACAGACGAAGAAACCAUUCCCACUGUGGAAGGACGCCUGUUUCAAGCUUUACAACGUUGCAAACUGAUUACCACGGUGGAGGAAUGCAACUUUUCACGCUGUGGACGAACCGACAAGGGCGUCAGUGGGCUGGGCCAAGUUGUGUCGCUCAAAGUGCGCAGCAAUGGGCCCGAUAAGCCAGAGAUCACCUACGUGGAUACACUGAACAGGCUUUUGCCUGACGAUAUCCGGGUAUUGGCAUGGGCACCUGUGGAUGCCAAGUUUAACGCUCGUUUCGACUGCAAAUCGCGCACGUACAAGUAUUUUUUCACCAAAGGCGACCUUGACCUGGAAGCGAUGCAGAAGGGUGCCCGUUAUUUCUUGGGCCAGCACGAUUUUCGCAACUUUUGCAAACUCGAUCCGUCAAAGAAUAUCACCAACUACGAACGUCGCGUCGUGUCGCUGGAUAUCAACCGGGUGACACCUGCAGUCCCGGGUUUAUCCAAUACUGAGUUCUUUCAAGUCGAGUUGAAGGGUACGGCAUUCUUGUGGCAUCAGGUGCGAUGCAUCAUGUCCGUCCUGUUUUUGGUGGGUCAAAAGUUGGAAGAGCCAGAGAUCGUUCAAGCGUUGCUGAAUGUCUCGGAAAUCGAAGCCCGUCCUGAUUAUCCCAUGGCCAGCGAACUGCCCUUGUUGCUGUACGACUGCGAGUUUGAGAACAUCCACUGGGUGACCGGAAACGGUGCAAGUACGGCACGGAUAUACCAACAUUGGCGAGAGUUAUGGAGUGCCAAUAUGACGCGCACAUUGUUGUGUCAAACGUUCAUGCAGUAUAUGCAACCGUUUCCGGUAGCUGCUGAAGGAGGACUAGGCGAAGGGGAUAUACCUUUGACUCAAUAUCUGCAAACAAAAAAACGCCAGCCGACAGUGGUGCUAGGCGGUGGUCGGGAACAAACGAGUGCACGGUAUAAAAAGCUGCUGGAUCGGCAACGGUGUGACUCUGAUGAGGUCAAGAAGCAAAAGUAUCGUGCAAAAAAGCAAAAGACGACAUCUGCCAAUUAG